AUGCCGCAAGCUGCAGCGCCUUACAGCACCUUGCUGGUGUCCUCCCCUCCUGCCCGGCGAUGGUUUCGGGUACCGGCCAUCCGCCUCGUGCUGGAGUCGGGCAGAAGCUCAAAAGCGCUCGCCCGGGAGGGGCUGGAGUACAGCGACGUGCUCCCCGACUCCUUCCCCUCGGCGCCGGCGGAGACCCUCCCUCACUUUCUGCUGGAGCCGCAGGACGCCUACAUCGUGAAGAACAAGCCCGUGGAGCUCGUCUGCCUUCACGCUCACCCAGCGCUUGCCCCCGUCCUCGGAGGGAAAUUUGGGGUGGACCUGUUCGCUAUAGACCUUUCUCUGGGCCACCCUAUUGGACCGUGGUCUUCAGACCGUGGUCUUGACUCGCGGACUGUGUGCCGGCAAUUGGCUUACCGCAGCUCGUCUGCCCAGGGCGAGCCCGUAGGAGUACGGGUGGUCUGCUCCCCGCUGCAAAGCAUCUCCGGGAUGCUUGUGCGGGAGGUGCAGAUCGAGGUCUCCCGGCAGCAGGUGGAGGAGCUCUUCGGCUUAGAGGACUACUGGUGUCAGUGCGUGGCCUGGAGCUCUGCGGGGACCACCAAAAGCCGGAGGGCCUACGUCCGGAUAGCGUACCUGAGGAAGAACUUUGACCAGGAGCCGCUAGGCAAAGAGGUCCCCCUGGAACAGGAGGUCCUGCUGCAGUGCCGUCCACCCGAGGGGGUGCCGCAGGCAGAGGUGGAGUGGCUGAGGAAUGAGGAUGUCAUUGAUCCCACCCAGGACACCAACUUUCUGAUCACCAUCGAUCACAACCUCAUCAUCAAGCAGGCCCGGCUCUUGGACACUGCUAAUUACACCUGCAUGGCCAAGAACAUUGUGGCCAAGCGACGGAGCACCACAGCUGCUGUCAUUGUCUACGUGAAUGGUGGCUGGUCCACCUGGUCCGAAUGGUCUCCUUGCAACAACCGCUGUGGCCGGGGCUGGCAGAAGCGCACCCGGACUUGCACCAACCCAGCACCGCUGAAUGGUGGCUCCUUCUGCGAUGGGCAACCUUUCCAGAAAAUAACCUGCACCACGCUCUGCCCAGUAGAUGGAGCGUGGACGGAGUGGAGCAAGUGGUCGGCCUGCAGCACGGAGUGCACCCAUUGGCGGAGCCGGGAAUGCGCCGCCCCGUCCCCCCGCAACGGCGGCAAGGACUGCAGCGGCGUGCUGCUGGACUCCAAAAACUGCACCGACGGGCUGUGCAUGCAGAAUAAAAGAAUUCUAAGCGAACCCAAAAGCCACCUGCUGGAAGGCACGGGUGACGUGGCCCUGUAUGCCGGGCUGGUGGUGGCCAUUUUCGUCUUCAUCGUGAUCCUCAUGGCUGUCGGGGUGGUGGUGUACCGGAGGAGGUGCCGGGAUUUUGACGCGGACAUCACAGACUCAUCAGCUGCUCUGACCGGAGGCUUUCACCCAGUCAACUUCAAGACUUCCCGGCAUGACAACCCUCAGCUGCUGCACCCCUCGAUGCAGCCGGACCUGACCGCCAGCGCGGGGGUGUACCGCGGCCCCAUGUACGCCCUGCAGGACUCCUCCGACAAGAUCCCCAUGACCAACUCCCCCCUGCUCGACCCGCUGCCCAGCCUCAAGAUCAAAGUGUACAACUCCUCCACGGCGUCCUCCUCGCCGGGGCUCCACGACGGGACGGACCUGCUCGGAGGGGUCCCUGCCAUGGGCUCGUACCCAGCCGAGACCACCAGGGACAACCACUUUGGGAACGUGCGGAGCAAGACCCUGGGCUCCCAGCAUCUCCUCAGCCUGCCCCGGGAGCACGGCAACAGUGCCAGCGGCACGUUUGGCUACCUGGGAGGAAGGCUCACCAUCCCGGGCACGGGGGUGAGCCUGCUGGUGCCGCACGGGGCCAUUCCUCAGGGGAAGUUCUACGAGAUGUACCUGAUCAUCAACAAGGCGGAGAGCACCCUCUUGUCCUCCGAAGGCAGGCAGACGACGGUGCUGAGCCCCACGGUGACCUGCGGACCCACGGGCUUGCUCCUGUGCCGCCCCGUUGUCCUGACCAUUCCUCACUGCGCGGACGUCAGCUCCUCGGACUGGAUGUUCCAGCUGAAAACACAAUCCCACCAGGGAAACUGGGAGGAAGUUGUGACCCUGGACGAGGAGACCUUGAACACUCCCUGUUACUGCCAGCUGGAGGCAAAGUCUUGCCAUGUUUUGUUAGACCAGCUUGGCACCUACGUCUUUGUGGGAGAGCCCUACUCCAGGUCAGCCAUCAAAAGGCUCCAGCUGGCUAUCUUUGCCCCCACCAUUUGCACCUCCCUGGAGUACAGCCUCAAAGUUUACUGCUUGGAGGACACACCAGAUGCACUGAAGGAGGUGCUGGAGCUGGAGAGGACGCUGGGCGGCUAUCUGCUGGAGGAACCCAAGCCCUUGCCGUUCAAGGACAGUUACCACAACCUACGUCUCUCCAUCCACGACAUCCCCCACUCGCUGUGGAGGAGCAAGCUACUGGCCAAGUACCAGGAAAUCCCCUUCUAUCACAUCUGGAGUGGCAACCAGCGCGCCCUGCACUGCACCUUCACCCUGGAGAGGUACAGCCAGGCUUCCACCGAGCUCACCUGCAAGAUCUGCGUCCGGCAAGUGGAAGGGGAAGGGCAGAUUUUCCAGCUCCACGUCACGCUCGGAGAGAAUGCCAGCACCUUAGAUGGCCUCCAUUCGCACCACAGCAGUGCCGUGACGACCCAGCUGGGACCCUACGCCUUCAAAAUCCCCCUUUCCAUCCGGCAGAAAAUCUGCAACAGCCUGGAUGCUCCCAACUCCAGGGGAAACGACUGGAGACUUCUCGCUCAGAAGCUUUCCGUGGACCGGUAUCUCAACUACUUUGCCACCAAAGCCAGCCCCACUGGGGUGAUCCUGGACUUAUGGGAAGCCGAGCACCAAGACGACGGCGAUCUCAACACCCUGGCCAGUGCCUUAGAAGAGAUGGGCAAGAGCGAAAUGCUGGUAGUCAUGGCCACGGAGGGCGACUGCUGAUGAUGCUCCUUGCGGCUGGCAGCCCUCAGCCCGCGGUCGAGGAGGACGGCGCGGAGGGA